GACAAGUGCCAGUGAAUUUCCUUUAUUCAACACUUGGGGAGGUACAUACUCAAGAAUUCAAGCACAUUACCAUGAACGCCCCCGAUCGAUUUGAGCUUUUCGUCAUUCCCGAAGGGAAGAAAAAGGUGGAGAUGGAAGUCGACACCAAGAUUCCUAAUGCGGCCACUUUUAUAAUUGAACGUGAAGAUCAUACCCUUGCCAAUAUGCUGAGAGCACAAUUGCUGAAAGAUCCGCGUGUGCUCUUUGCAGGCUACAAAGUACCUCAUCCGCUCGAGCACAACUUUGUCAUUAAAGUGCAAACGACCACCGGAACAACACCUGGAAAAGUCCUGAAAGAAGCCACCUCGGAACUCAUCUCGGAACUGAAUGCACUGAGAAACAAAUUCGAUAUGGAUGUGAUUCGAUACCGCACAGUACAAGACGCAAAAGCUUCACAGGACGUGAACGCCUAUGAUGCUGACGGAAUGGGCGGCGUACUGGAUCCGCAACGUGCGGCCAUGGACGUUGACUUUUAAAAACAGUGGAUUGGGAAAAAGAAAGAGGACGAUCUCGUGGAUAUUCAUUGGAAGUCUGUUAUUCAUUAUCAUGCUUAGAUACAUAGUAACAUCAGUUUGGAAGGGGCAGUCGCAGUUUUUUGGCAGUGUUUCUUCUUUUGUAAUAUAGUUUAUAAAUUAUAUCGUAUAUUGGU